AUGGCUCUCUGCGCUACCGUGCUUGCCUUCAUGCUUGUGGCCCAGAUCAGGGCCUUUGACUUGGGCCAGUCCACCCGCUGUGUGUCCAUACCUCGCCAGCUAAGUGUGUGUCAUGACGUGGGUUACUCGGAGAUGCGACUGCCUAACCUCCUGGGUGACAGCAGCCUGGAAACCGAGGUGGUACCACGCUCUGAUGAUUGGCGUUCCCUGCUGCAGACAGGGUGUCACCCUCAGGCCCAGACCUUCAUCUGCUCCCUUAUCGCUCCUGUCUGCCUAGACACGUUUAUUCAGCCUUGCCGAAGUCUGUGUCUGGCUGUGAGGGACAGCUGUGCCCCUGUCUUGGCCUGCCAUGGCCACUCAUGGCCAGAAGAACUGAACUGUGAUCGUUUUCCUGCUCAGGAUGACAUGUGUCUCACCCCGCUGCCCAAGCAUAUCAGCAGGUUCUCUAAAGAUUUGCCCCAUCCUGUGUGUCAGACCUGUCCUCAGGUAGACGAACUUCCUUCUCUGAAAACAGUGAUGGAUGCCCUUUGUCUCACUGAUUUUGCCGUUAAAGCCAAGCUGUUGCGCCGCCGUGUGGCCUCAUCGGAGCCGGAGUUUGAGGUGGAGGGAAAGGUGGAGUUCAUCCAGCGCGGCCCGCUGCUUCCUUACGACACCGCCAACCUUCUGCAGCAGUGGCUGAUGGUGAACCUGCGCUGUGCGCAUGCGCUGGUGAAGCCCGGACGCGCGCAGCUCUACCUGAUCACGGGCACGACGCGCUCGGACGGCACCGUGGAGCUCGCGCACCUCUUCCCUUGGCUGAAGAAGGACCUGCACAUAGCCGCAGCAACCCGCAAGUGGAAGCACCACAAGUGCUAAAGACAUUAUACUCCGAGUUACUGAGUUACCUUCGGGUGACGAGACACUGUGUCGUGUGAACUGUUGUUUAAAAGGGAGGAUCGUUUUUGGAGCUUCACUUUUCUCCUCUCGUUGUAUAUUUGCGCUCCGGUUUCUGAGCACAUGGAAUUUAAUGCACUCCCAUAGUUCUUUUGUAAAUAUCGAGCCUUUCGGUAAAGGCGUUGUAAAAAGAUAAUAUUUUCUAUCCAAGUGUCAGUGUAUUUAUGUGUGUUUUAUGGUGUUUGAA